UGUAAAAUGGUUUCCGGAAAACAUUUUACACCAUUUCCAGUGUUUGUUUGGGGGAAAAUGUAAUCCUUUAGUAAAACAUUUUCCAAAACACGGUAAAAUCAAACCCAUUCCUCCGGAAAAUGUCUUACGGCUUCAAAAUUGGUAAGACAUUUUCCAUUCUUCUCUAAGCAGACAUUUUCCAUUCUCUUCUAAGCAGCAGACAUUUUUCAUUCCUCAAAGCUUCCGCCUUUCCUCCUCAUCUCUGCCUCGCCAUCUCUGUCUCUCAACUCCAUCUUCCUUCUCCAUCUCUCUGCUUCAUAGAUCUGUCGGGCUAUUGAGCACCCAACUUUUUCAGCACUUACAAGACCAUUGUGUGAUCUGUAUUCACUUAUUCCUCCUCUUCUAGUUGUAACGCAUAAGAAACUCAGGAUAAUUAUGUCAGGUGUUUCAGAAUCAAAUGUUUCUUCCCAAGCUUCUCGAGGAACCAAAAGGAAAUGGGUUCCAGAAGAAGAUGUAGCAUUGGUUUCCUGCAUGGUGGACUUGCACAAUGUUGGAACCUUUAAUGCUGAUACAGGGUUCAAAGCCGGUUAUUUAAACGAGUAGGAAAAAAUGUUAGAAAAGGCUUUACCCAAUGCAAUGUUGAAGGCUAAACCUAAUAUAGAAUCGAGGAUUAGGUUACUAAAAAGGGAUUGGUCAAUCGUGUAUGACAUGCUUAAUGGCCAAAACAAUAGCGGUUUUGGUUGGGACGAGCAUAGGCAGCUCGUUGUUGCUGAAGAUGCGGUUUGGAACUCUUAUUUAAAUAGUCAUAAAGAAGCCGGUCAAUUUAGACAUCGUAGUUUCCCUUACUACGACCAACUUACUGCCAUCUACGCACGAGAUCGAGCGACUGGUAAAGAUGCUCAAACAACCGCUGAUGUUAUUGAAAAAAUAAAUGUUCAGGAUGUAUCUACUACAUAUAUUAAUGAAGAAAGAAACGAAUUCUAUGACUGCGAAGCUAAUGUCUCUUUGGAUGACAUGGAUGUUUCUGCUACAGAGCCACAACUAGAUAGAAACCAAGGGGGUUCCUCAUCUUCAAAGAAGAAAAAGAAGAAUUCUGAUGCAAGUGAUAAUAUUUCUUCUUCAUUUCAUGAUGCUGCCACUUUAUUGGCGGAAAACAUGCGGGCCAUUGGCGAACAAAUUAGUAGGAGUAUUGUCGCCGAUGUGGUAGUUCAACAGAAGUCAGAAGAAUUCCAGAUCAUCUAAGAAAAAGCUACAAAUUUAUAUUCAACCUUAUGUGAAAUAGAAGGCUUAACUGUGGAUGAGCAGUAUCGAGCUUUGAGUAAAAUUCCAGAUCAUCCAACUCAAAUGCUCGUUUUCUUUAGUUUACCUUCUGAUGUGCGGUUGGAAUGGGUUAGAAGAUUUAUUGCUGACCAUUAAAAAUCAUGGUUCUGUUGAUGAUAUUUUCGUAACUUUUUCUGUUUGUAAUAUUUGGGAUGGUAUGUCACUAUAAUGUUCAAACUUUUUGA